AUGGCGCCCCCUAACCAGCCCGGCUACGUUUCCGCUCACCGCUACGGCAAGCGCCUUGUCCGCGUCGCUCGUGUCGUCCGCGAGAACCUCUACGGCCAGGAGCGUCACUCGUUCAUCGAGUACACCGUCCGCGCCCUCAUCGACGGUGACAUCGAGACGUCGUACACCGAGGCCAACAACAAGGUUGUCGUCCCUACCGACACUGUGAAGAACACUGUCAACGUCCUCGCCAAGACCUCUCCCCAUGUUCUUGACCCCGCCAUGUUUGCGCUCCACAUCGCGACCCACUUUGUGACCCGCUACGACCACAUUGACAAGGCAUACGUCGACCUCACCACUCACAAGUGGAGUCGCAUCCCCGUCAACGGCCAGCCGCACAAGUGGUCGUUCGUCCGUGACGGCGAGGAGAAGCAGCAGGUCUCAUGCUUUGUCGACGCCUCCAACAAGAAGAGCCUCAAGGCCGACCUCAAGUGCGGUAUCAAGGACCUCUCGGUGUGCAAGACCUCGGGCUCAGCCUUCGAAGACUUCUGGACGGACGAGUACACCACCCUCGUUGCUGUCAAGGACCGCAUCUUCUCGACCGAUGUCGACUGCUGGUACAGCGUGCCCCUCCCCAAGAUUCCCCUCACGAUCGACAACAUUGGCGCCAUUGGCAAGGCCCUCAACCUUCCCAAGGUUGCUGAGAUCGUCAAGAGGGACACCCUCGAGGUCUUCGCCACCGACGAGUCGGCUUCGGUCCAGGCGACCAUGUACAACACGCAGCAGCUCAUCCUCCAGCACUGCCCCGUCAUCGAGUCGAUCUCGUACUCCCUCCCAAACAAGCACUUCAUCCCCAUCAACCUCUCUCCCUUUGGCCUCGACAAUGGGCUCGGGUAUGAGGGCGGCGCCGAAGUCUUCCACCCCGUCGCCGACCCCUCCGGCUUCAUCGAGGCCACGGUCACGCGCAAGUCCAAGGCCAAGCUCUAAAAGCCGCGGGGGACGCGGUAAGGGUCAUCGCAUCUGAAGUCAAUCAACAAUCUCUCUCUCUCACACUUUCUCUCUCUCAUCUCCAGGCUUUUCAGGCUAGACACGGUAGUGUACGUUGGAGGCGUCCGAGGCAUGCAAUUGGUUGUUUACUGGG